GUUGGAUAAAAUGGCGAAUUACAGAUCUAAAAAUUAUACAAAAAUAUAAUUGUAAAAGUAAUCCGUCCUCUUGUAGACUCGGAAACAAAAUACAAAAUGCCAGGCACUAGUCUUGUGGUACCAGUUGUGCUUUGGGGCAAAUGUGCCCCAACACACUGUAUAUCGUGCAUUUAUCUUUCAAAAGAUCAAAAAACUUUGGCUACAGGAUGUUAUGACGGUCAGAUAUGUUUAUGGCAAGUUGAUCCCGAAACACUCCAAAUGACCCCAAGAUGUUUACUAGUAGGUCAUACAGCUCCUAUAUUAUGUAUAUCUAAAGCCUCCAUAGUACAAGAUAAUAACUAUAUAGUGUCCAGUUCUGAAGCAGGUGAAAUGUGUACUUGGGAUUUGGUCGAUGGUAAAUGUAGAGAGGCAGUUAAAUUACAGCAAGUUCACACAAAUAUGCAGGCUUAUCUCAUGUGUACUUGCGAGGAUGUUAGAUUAUUCUGUAAUGGAUACUAUCCAGAGAUAAUAGUCAUGGACCCAUUUAGUUUAGAAGUCUUAUUUGUAUUAUCCUCCAAACAGAACCCUGAUUGGAUAAGUGCUCUUCAUGUUUUGAGACCUACGAAACGUAAAGACGAUGUGGUCUUAGCGUUGACCACAACAGGAAUGGUCAAAGUUUGGACGUUACUGGGGCACGAGAAUAAACAUUCAGAGCCCAUAUACGAAAAUGAGAGCAAACAAAUCAGAACAUUGAACGCUGUAUGCUUACAGUGUUGUUCGUAUAAUCAACGAACGGUUUUAGUUGUUUGUACCAAGUAUUGGCAAAUAUACGAUGCAGGUGAUUUUAGUGUUUUAUGUUCCUAUUUGGCGCCCAGAGGUGAGAGAUGGAUGGCUGGAGACUUUCUAGCUAUCGACCGAAUAAUAAUGUGGUCAGAUGCCGGAAAAGGUUACCUUUAUAAGUUACCCGCUAACAGUACACCAGAUCACAAAGACUUCCAUACACCUAGUGUAGAAAGUGAUAGCCCAUUUUUAUAUUGUAUCUUGAACCAACCGGAUAAUAAGCCGCUCUCGUGCCCCCCCGCGAUGAGAUUUGUUACAACCAUCAAACACGACAGACAGUACCGAUAUUUAUUAAGGGGGGACUCGGAGGGGUAUGUCCUAGUCUGGAACAUUCCUGAUAUAUCGGCAGCUCAGUUGCAAGAGAUACAGAGGCAGAAACCUCCGCAACCCGUUAUUAUGACCGCGACUAUAACCACCAGCCUCACGGAAGCGUGGGAGAGCAUGGUUCCUAGCCCUGUAGGGAUUUUGGAUCAAUUGGAAAAACAAGAAGGACAAUCAAUUAAACUGACAGCUAGUAUUUAUUUGCCUUUACAAAGUAAGUUGGUUGUUGGUAGAGAGGACGGUUCAAUAAUUAUCGUUCCUGCGACACAGACGGUCAUGUUGCAACUUUUACAUGGAAAUCAUCAGCAGUACAAAGGAUGGCCCCAACAUCAGAUACUAUCGGGUCAUGGCGGGAGAGUAAACUGUCUUUUGUACCCACAUAGAGAACAUUCUAGAUAUGAUAAAAACCAUCUUGUCUCGGGUGGUGUGGAUUUUGCUGUUUGUUUAUGGGAUUUGUACGCUGGUACACUACUUCAUAGAUUUUGUGUGCAUGCAGGGGAAAUUACUCAGUUGCUUGUACCUCCCAAUAAUUGCAGUGCGAGGAUUCAAAAAUGUAUAUGUUCUGUAGCUUCAGAUCAUUCAGUAACACUUUUAAGUUUAGCCGAGAGAAAAUGUGUUUGUUUAGCUUCAAGGCAUUUAUUUCCCGUAACUACAAUAAAGUGGAGGCCUAACGAUGACUUCAUGAUAAUCGGUUGUUCUGAUGGCACUGUAUAUGUUUGGCAAAUGGAAACCGGACAUUUGGAUAGAGUACUGCAAGGUAUAGCAGCCGAAGAGGUGUUAUAUGCCUGUGAGCAAAACGAGGGAACCAGUACAUCUUCAGAAGUUGGUCUAGCGAACCCUGCCGUUCACUUCAUCAGGGCGUUGAGACAUAGAAAUCUAUCGGCGAUUCGGCACGCGACACAACGAGGCUUACAUCAGCUGCAUAUGUUAGGGACUCAUACAAAUAACGACGAUCCCCACAUGCAACGGACCAAUAACUGUUCUCUUUCUAUCCAGGGACUCCGAACGAAUCCGAAAGAUCCUGAGAGUCACAUAUUGUUCUUUGACAUAGAAUCCCUGAUAAUAGAGCUUUUAACUGAGGAGUACAACAUGAUGUCGCCGGGAAGUUUGGAGGCUGCUGGGUUAAUUUCGCAGUCGGAAUACCUAAAAGUGGCUGCUCUCACACAGAGCGCCAGUCCUGAUGCCCACAAAAAAAUUGUUGACUUUUUUGGGAAAAUGAAAAAUAAAGCCGAAAAUAUGGAAAUGAUAAUAAAAGAGAAAGAUAAACACGGCAUACUUGCAAAAAUGAAGGAAGGAGCUGAAAAUGCUUUAGCAAAAGCUGAAAGUGUGCUGAAGCAAAGUGGUGAUAACUGUAAAGAUGCAAUCGAUUCUAGUCUUCGGUCCUACAAGCCUAAUUCUUUAGGCCCCCUCGAUACUAGUCAUGCAAUGGAGAUAGCACAGUUGUUGCUGUCUUUGUUACACUCUUGGGGUUUAGAUCACGACCUUGACAGAGUUUGUCAAGUUAAGUUAGGUUUAUUGAGACCGAUGGUUCCAAUUUCGUAUGGAGUUUUGUCCAAAGCCAAUCACAUGUCACUUUUUUUACCGACAUGGCACAACACCAUACCAGUAGACGAAGAAAUGUUACCGGCUGAUUUGUCUUUAACUAACAGUUUACCCCCCGAACUUGUAAGACAGGAACAGAUAACGAGGAUAUUUACUUCUCACACCCACUGGGAAUUGAGUACAACCUUAACGAGUAACCACCUGUUGGCUAUUAUUGCUCUUAGCCACACUCUGAUGUCGAUGAGUAACGCGACUUUUGUCCCCGAACAAGAGAGGAAUAGAAAACUUCACAGGCAGUCCACUAGAGUAAAUUGGAGCAAAACGGACGAAGAACAUGAAGAGAUGUACACUCAGCAGCAGGCUCAAAUUAAACAGGGCUGGUCCUUGUUAGCUACCCUGCAUUGUGUCUUGUUACCAGAUAAAGUUGUUGAACACGGCGCCAAAAAUUUUAAAAGACCACAAGUCGAAAUGAUGGCCAAAAGGUGGCAGCAUCAUUGCGUUGAGGUUAGGGAAGCCGCUCAAACUUUACUGCUGGCUGAAUUGUCCAGAAUGGGUCCAAAAGGAAGAAAACAGCUGGUCGAGUCUUGGGCGCAAUAUCUGCCCCUGUACACACAAACCGAAACGAUAAAUCAACAGGCCAAUUCUCCCCCAUCCCUCCAAAAUAACGGUAAUAACACCGGCCAAGCACCGCAGACUCCGGACCCUGUCGAUGAGGAAUUCGAAGAAGAGGACGAAGAGCAAAUUAGGAAACCUUCGAGUUUGUCCGAAUUAAAAAGGAAACAAUCGACUGCUGUUAUACUGCUGGGUAUUAUAGGUGCUGAAUUCGGCCAAGAUAUUACCGGCGGCGAUAAUAACAAGAAGAGGUCGAGCGAGGAUCGCAGGAAAAGUUCAGUUGUCGAAGGAUUUGGUCCUGGAAAUAACAAUUUAGCAAGACUGACUUCAAUGGCAUUAUCUCAUUUGCUACUGGCUCCGCCAUCUCCAAAACUACCUGCACACAUUCCACUGAGAAGGGCCGCCAUAGAUUUGAUCGGUAGAGGUUUCACCGUGUGGGCCCCUUUUUUAGAUAUUAGUAAAGUAUUAUUAGGUCUCCUAGAAUUGUGUUCAGAAGCAGACAGAUUGGUUCCGAGUAUGACUUACGGUUUACCUUUAACACCACAAGCAGACUCGUGUCGGACUGCUAGGCAUGCUUUAACACUAAUAGCUACUGCUAGACCAGCGGCAUUUAUUACCACAAUGGCGAAAGAGGUGGCACGGUACAACGCAAUGCAACAAAAUGCACAAACUUUAAAUAUUAACAUGAAUAAUAAUGUUCUGCACAAGGCAAAACCGGAGAUAUUGCGAGGCGUGGAAUUAUUGAUAGAAAAAAUGCAAAACGAAAUGUCUGAACUUCUCGUAGAGUUAAUGGAUAUUAUUCUUCAUUGUUUGGAUCCUAGUCAAUUAAAAAAUAAAGGUUUACAGGAAGUUUUUCCAGCAGUUUGCAGGUUUAAUCAAGUCUCUCACUGUCCCGCAACAAGGAGAAUAGCAGUUGGCUCUCAUAUAGGGUCAUUGACCCUUUACGAGCUUCGUCAAGGAAAGUGUACCACAAUUCAUGCACAUUCGUCUGCCGUUACAGCCCUUAGUUUUAGUCCCGACGGUAAAUUCCUGGUUAGUUACGCCUGUGGCGAAAAUAAACUUAGUUUUUGGCAGACUAGUACAGGAAUGUUUGGGUUGGGCCAGUCUCAGACGAAAAAUGUAAAAUCCUACAGCACAGCCCCUAUAGCGGACGUGGCGCGUUUAAAUCCGAUGAGAUUAGCUAGAUUAAUAUGGAUAAAUAACAGGACGGUGACGCUGAUGUUGGCGGACGGUUCUGAAACCCGUUUCAAUGUAUAACAUUUCGGCCAUGCAUGAGAAACUGUGGCCUUUCCCUAAUAACGUUGUUCUUUCAAAUCUGUAAUCUUAUGAUCAUAUGAUAAUCUAUAAUAUUUUACAUGCACGGUAGGUUGUACGAUUUUUUCUUAAGUUCGAGUUGCUGGGGUUGUUAAGGGCAAAUUUUAUAUUUUGUGAUAGUAACAUUUAGGUGUGUAAUAUAUUAUUACUUAUUUUCUAGGUAUAGAUUGUGUUAUUCGUUGCAUUUAAAUAUUUUUACAGUAAAUUUUACAUUUUCGCCAAUACCAUAAGCAAUACUAGAGAUUAAUUCUUAAUGUACAAAUGUAUAUCAGAAUAGUUUUAGUCGAUAUUAUUGUGUUACUAAAAUACAAAUAUGGAAAAACUUGUGUGUCAUAUUUAUAAAUCAGGCUGGGUAAUAUAUAUUACGUUAAUAUAUAUCGCGAAAAUUUACUAUGUUCUGCAAUUAUUAAAACGCUAUUAUUACAUGUUACUAACACAAAAUGAAUUCGAGACAUGUGAACUUAACAACUUUAAUGACGAAAAUAAGAGUGUGACAAUAAUUUGAAAUGCACGGAUGUAGAGUUAAAGAGAUAAUAUUCCAAAUUAUAGAAGCAUUUUCCAGUUUGUCCCAGUCGAGUAAACUGGGACGUAUCAUUUAAAAACAGCCUUACAAAAAUGAUUACAUGUGCCUGUAGCGUACAUAAAAUUAGAUUCACCGUUUGUUUCAUAGAGUAGAAAUUGAUUUGGUUGAGAAUUAUCGAAAUUAUUACGAUAAAAAAGUUAAACUCGGACAACAAAGAUUUAUUUCCAGUUAUUAUAAAAAAUAUCGAGAAGAACAAAGAUAAAUACUUAUGAAACUGAUUACAAAAUAGAAACAAAGUAUUGUAUGCUGAACAAUAAUUUGACUGUAAAACUUUUAGUUUUGUGACAACUGAAAGUAGAAUAUUUGACAAUUAGUAGCUUGAAUUAACAACUUUUCAAUAAAACAAGCAUAUAACACUUUGAUACAACAUAUAAAGUACAAAGAAUAUAGAUAUUCUAAUAUGAUAUGAACUGUGAACCCUUUUAACGGCACAUUAAUUUCACAUUAUUAGACUAUAGAUAAAUUAUUAUAUUGCUAUAAUAUAAAAAAUUUAGUGAUGGUUAAAUGACCGGUAAUUUAAAAAUCGGUAACUUAUUAUUUGUAUUUUUAUUGGGCAUUUCUUGCAUUUUAAUAAAUACUUUCUCGUAACUUCACACUAAACUGUUGAUCUUGCCCUUUUUUAAGAAACAAACAUGUAAACCAUACGGCAAAAAUGAUGAGUCGCUUUUAUUUCAUUUACUAGAAAAUGAAUUUUAAAGUUUAAAACUAAAUUCGGAAAUCAUACCAUUUAAAUUUUAAAUCAAAAUUUUUUGUCAACGCAUAAUUAAUUAUUUAUCGGUGAAAGCGAUAAAAGUGUCCUUAGAUCCCAAGCAACAAAAAAAAUUACAAAAAUGAUGUAUGUCAUUAAAAAAACACCAAAACGAUGCAAGUCCAAAAUAAAGUUUUAUAACUGCUACAAAUCAAUCUAAUAAUCGUGAAUAAACAUUCAUUGUAAAUAACUUAUGUUAUGAAAAACAGGAAUUUUCUUCUCUCUCUUUUUUAUUUAUUUUUUCCAUGAACAUUCUUCUUUUUCCUCACGUUCUUUUUGUCUACUGUUUGCUUUUUCAUUUGCUUCACAGAAGCAUUCAGUUUCUUUUUUUAAAAUUGAAUUAUUUUCGCAUUAUUUUCUGGCAUGUUUGUGUCAUUUUUAUUCUUCAAUAAUGCUUCUGCACUAUAUUUAUCACAAAUACUGUAGGCAUCGCUGUGUGGAUGUCCAAAUUUAAUGUUGAACUCAUUGUUAAUCGACGCUUUAGUACGAAAACAUGUUAUCUCAGAUUUCAGUUGGAAAACAUGCUAUCUCAAAUUUCGGUUGGAAAACAUGCUAUCUCAGAUUAAGCUUGGAAAAUAUGCUAGCUCACUUUGACUAGAAAUUUAAGUUGGCACAUUGAAUGAUGGAAACCGUGAAUUUAUAAUACUUAUAUAAUAUGUUUUUCAAAAAGUAAGGAAUAUUUUGCUUUAGUUGCUUUAAUAUCAAAAUUGAUAGCGUGGGGCUAAGCCCCAAACUCCAAGUCUGAAUCGUUUUUACUGCACCUCAAUAAAAACACGGUAGCCGCGUCCUCGCAAAAACUUUGGAAGUGAAAUGCAGGUACGUGACACUUUUAUUACCGGUACUUUAUGAUGUGCUGAUGAUAAACAUGUGUGCAUGGGGAACCGCGGAAAUGUGCACGUGCAUAUCAUAUGCACCCGUCGCAUCGAUAUAUACAUAUCACUCAACUUUACACAUUAUAUUUAUAUUCUGGUUAUUAUGUUAACUCUAUUAAUAAAAGUAAGAGUAGUAACUAUGAAUCAGGUAAGAGUGUGCUAUUAAUUUUUAUAUCAAAGCAAACGUAUGAAAAAAAUCGAAUAAUUUUUAGUAAUAGUAAACAUUUUUAUGU